AUGGAGAACAUCCGAGCAAAGAUCAAGCGACGCUUCAGUCACAAAGACCCCGAACCCAACUUUGACGAAGACUACGAUUCAGAUGGUGAUGAGGAGACCUCGACCUUUGUCAACAAGGAAGCAGAUGAUGCCGAGAAGGGUGGUCAUGAUCAGGGCCGACCUGGUAGUCUACUCAAUCGAAUGAUUUCUCACGGCAACAAGAAGACCGAGGAUCAGCUCGCCCGUGAGGCUGCAGCUGCCAAUCCUCAAACUCAAACUCAACCCUCGACCGGCGCUGCUGGCAACACCGUUGUCAGAUAG